AUGUUCAAACGACAUUACUGGAAAGAGAUGUUUGAAUGUCUCACUGCGGUACACGCUUACAACAUUGUACACUCCGACCUCAUUCAAGCGUGCCAAAUUUGUUCUCGUCCGAGGGCGCUUGGAGAUCAUUAUUGUCUUCAGCAUCGCGAACCUAAUUGGCGACGACACCGUGAAUGUCGGAAAACCCAGCGAUAUCUGGAGCUUGGGCUGCAUAUUAUAUCAAAUAACAUACGGGAGGGCUCCGCUCGGCCAUAUACCAAAUCAUCUGCACAGUGCCAUGCCCAUUAUCAAUCCAAUCAUACCAUUGACUACCCUGCCCUCGGGAUUAGCGGAGUCAAGCUUCCAGCUGGCCAUCAUCCAAGCCUUGCAAGCAUGCUUGAGGCGGGGGCAAAGGCUGCGUCUGACCACAGACGAUCGUUCUCUCCCCGUCCGACGUAUUCCUAUCGCCCGAUAAACCGUCAGAUCCUGGGAGAGUCAAGAGCAGAUAGACGUAAUCCUCCUGAAAUGUUGUGCGGCUCUGCCGUUUAA